AUGCACUCCGAAGACGCAGACCUCUUAAACAGUGAUGUUGAGGAGCAUAAUGAGUCAGACGUGCCUUAUCGUGAGAGUUCUGUAACUGUCAUCGUAAGUGAUGACACUGAAGAGGAAGGCGGAAAGGAAGUGGCCACCUCAAAGCCAAAGUCGUUUUCCGAUAAGGACAACAAAUGGCUCAAGUUAAAGGAAGAAGGAGACAGUGACAUGAUGGAGGAGGAAGAGCUGAGCGAUGAGGAGGAGCAGAACGAUUUCGAGAAAAAGGCCCUGGAAGAGGAGCAGAACGAAGAGUUAGUUAAAAAAGAAGCUAAAGAAAACCUCGAAGAGGAUUUAAAUAGAGAAGAGCAUAUGGCCGUCGAUAUGAAGACCGACGAGGCAUUCCACGACUUAGAUGAGAUGAAAGAGCGUAUCCAGGACAUUGUAACGAUCCUUGCCGACUUCCGUCGUCGUCGCGACCCCAAUGUGAGUCGUGAGGAGUAUAUGGACCGUCUGCGUAGCUACUGCGCUCGUUUCUACGGCUACAACCCGAAUCUAGUGGAGUACUUCUUCUACAUGUUCAGUCCCCAAGAGUGCGUGGAAUGGUUCGACGCCAACGAGAGCGAUCGUCCGCUCGUCAUCCGUACCAACACGCUCAAAACGCGCCGUCGCGACCUGGCGCAAGUCCUCAUCAAUCGUGGCAUCAAUCUGGAUCCUCUGGGCGAGUGGAGCCGCCUGGGUCUGAAGAUCUACGACACGCCGGUGCCAAUCGGAGCCACUCCCGAAUAUCUCGCUGGCCACUACAUGCUGCAGAGCGCGUCCUCCAUGCUCCCCGUCAUGGCGCUGAAUCCCCAGCCCAACGAGCGAAUUUUGGACAUGUGUGCGGCGCCUGGCGGCAAGACGACGCACAUCGCACAGCUGAUGAAGAACACGGGCGUGCUGGUGGCGAACGACCUGAAGAAGGAGCGAUUGAUCGCGACGGUGGCCAACCUGCAUCGUCUCGGCGUCACCAACACGAUCGUGACCAACUACCACGGCUGCAAGUUCCCCAAGGUGAUGGGCGGGUUCGACCGCGUGCUGCUGGAUGCGCCGUGCACCGGUCUGGGUGUGAUUAGUCGCGAUCCCUCGGUCAAGAUGAGCCGUACCGUGAAGGACAUGGUGCAGAACGCCUUCGUGCAGAAGCUGCUGAUCCUCGCGGCCAUUGACUCCAUCGAUGCCAACUCCAAAUCGGGCGGCGUGCUGGUCUAUUCGACGUGUUCCGUCUCCGUGUACGAGAACGAAGCGGUCGUGAACUACGCGUUGCGCAAACGUCAUGUGAAGCUCGUGGACACCGGAUUGACCUUCGGAACGCCCGGAUUCACCAGCUUCCGACAGUUCAAAUACCACCCAUCGAUGUCGAUGACGCGUCGGUACUAUCCGCACGUGCACAACAUGGAUGGCUUCUUUGUGGCGAAGCUGGUGAAGCUGAGCAACGAAAUCCCGAAGACCGAGGACGAGACGGAGGAGGAUCGGCAGUUGGAGCUGGCUCUCCGAGAGAACCGAGAGAAGAAGGUCGAGGGAGAGGGAGAAUUCGGAGAAACAGGGGAAACCGGAGAGACUGGAGAGACGGGAGAGACGGGAGAGACUGGAGAGUCGGGAGAAGGGGAAGAAAAGGAAGUGAAGAAGGCAAAGAAAGCGCAGCCGAGGAAGAAAGCGCAGCCGAAGAAGAAACAACCGAAGAAGGCCGCGGAGAAGCCAAAGAAGUUUGUAAAGAAGGCCACGGAGAAGCCGAAGAAGGAGGAGGAGGAGAAAGAAGAGAGCAAGCCACAGAAGAAGGAGGAGAGCAAGCCACAGAAGAAGGAGGAGAGCAAGCCACAGAAGAAGGAGGAGAGCAAGCCACAGAAGAAGAAGGAGAGCGUGGCGAAGAAAGUGAGACCUGAGAAGAAGGGAAAGCAGCAGGGAAAGCCGAGAAUGUUUGCAGCAGAUAAAAAGAAGGGCGAGGGAAAGGAAGGAGCGAAAUCGGCGGAGGAAGCGCAGGAAAGAAAGAGACAGAGGAAGGAGCUGCGCAAUCAGAAAGACGGGAAGAAGAAGAUUUACAUGAAGAAUCAGAAGAAGUAGUAGAAAUGAAUGUUCUCCA